AUGCCUCGGCCGCAUUCGAAGCAUGCUCCGAGGUUUAAAGGUACGUCGUUAGAUGAUUUUCUUGAAGAUUUCGAAGCAAUUGCUCGCAACGCUGGGGUGUUGAAUACGGAGUGGCCCCGAACGUUGCCGCGUUACUGCGUACAAGAGGUUCGGGAUGUCAUAGAACAUCUGCCAGAGUUUCAGGGCAGUGACUGGGCCAUCGCUAAGGCUGCUCUCACGGAGCUAUACCAGUCGAAUGACAAGCGGCGACGGGUGACUGCAGAUAAGCUUCGCGAGUUUGUAGCUGACAGUGCAAAGACACAAAGCUUUCGCUCUAGGAAGGACCUCGAUGUGUAUACUCGACAGUUUCUGGCCAUGUCAGGCGAGCUCAAGCGGAGGAACCUCAUCACGGACAAUGAGAUCAACCUGCGCUUCUAUAAAGGACUUCCACGGGAGGUCAAGCUGCGAAUUCGACAAGACCUGAAGUCCACGACGGCAUCCAGCGCCCCAGCAAUGGCGGACGUCCUUAUGCUCGUUCGCAAGCUCUACUCCGAAGAUGACAUUGAUGCGGAGUCGGACCAUGAAGAUUAUCUGGACACAGACGAUGAGGACGACAGCGAGGUCAGCACAGAUGAAGAACGCGAUGACGAACCUGCCAAGAAGAAGCGC